AUGGGUUCACCCUCAAUACCUCAUCUAUAUCCAGCCAAAAGUCCGAGGAACUCAACAAAGCUCCCAUGUGUUCCCCCUCAUACCUCAUCUGGAUCCAGCCAAAAGUCCGUGGAACUCAACGAAACUCCUCAGUGUCAUUACGGAAGACCACUUCUGUAUCAUGUCAGAGACAAAGAUCUGAAAAAGAAUGUGUUAGCCAGAAUUAAGUGUUUGCGACGAAACAGCCCGAAGGAUCAAUUCGUAAUGCUAGCAGUGGAUACAGAGAGGGAGAUAGAGGCAGCAAGUAUUUGGUUGCUGUGGACAGUGCUGAUGUUGUUUUGUAUUACGUUGAUGUCGUAUCAGAUUAUAGACAGAAUCAUGUACCUACACAGCAAUCCCGUCAACGUUAACGUCAAAAUCAACUACAACCAAUCACUGACCUUCCCCGCCGUUACUAUCUGUAACCAAAACGCAUUCAAAGCUACAACUGCCGCCGAGAGGAAUUGGUAUCGUCUUAUAGAGACUAUGUACAAUGGAAGCUCGAAAUCUUUCUCACAGAGGGACCUAGACAGGUUCCACGCCUCCACUCUGACAUUCAACCAACUCUUCCAGCAGGCCUCUCACAGAAAAGAAGACAUGAUUGUAAGUUGCCGAUGGGCGGAUUUACCUUGUGGACCCAAAAACUUUUCAGAACAAUUGACGGACUAUGGCAACUGUUACAGAUUCGUGGCUCCAGAGAAUUCCAGAUCUACAG